CCAAAGUGCUGGGAUUACAGGAGUGAGCCACCGCACCCAGCCCAGAAGCCAACCUUCAGUACUGAGCUUUGCUCUUCUCAAAAACCUGAUGUCACAGCACUGGCCUCCAGCACAUCCAGCCGUGGGGCCCUUUUGCUGCAUAACAGUUUCUAUGGAGACAUCUGUGAUGCCACCACUGCUCCCAGGAGCCUACAGGACCUGGAGCUCUGGAAGCUGAUCUCCUCCCACUGGACCAGCUAGCAGGUUCAUGUUCGAGGCCAUUUUCCCCUCAAUACCCCAAGCCAGGCUGAAGAGAGAUCCACGGGAAUAGCUGGGCCUGUCCUCAUUCAGGUCCACAUUCAGGCAGCAAAGCUCACUUGGUCUUUGCCUCAUGUUACCUAAGGAGGCCAGCCCAUCUGAGAGGCACAGUUUGAUGUCCAGCUCGAUGGCCAGGGGCCUGGCACUCCUCCAGAGCGUGGCCAGCCGGGACGCCGAGUGCCCAGAAUGGAAACUGCGCCAAAAGCCACGCACGCUCAGCAAGUCAGUCCAGACCAUCAGCCGCUACUACAGGAAGACGAGUGAACCCAAGGAUGCCACCAGCCUCACCAGCUUCAUGUCCAAAAUGGAGGAACUUCGAAGGGUCUUCCCCAGGCGUCCUCACUGCCCCCAGUUCAGCACCAGGGCCACAUCCAUGUCGUACUGUGGUUCACCCACCGAGACCGAUUUGUCCUGGGAGAUUGACAACAGCUCGGAGACCUGGAGGGGCACCCGGGACCUGCUCUUGGCCAGGCGGGGUUCGGACAUGAACCUGGAUGGGCGCCUCCUUCCCUUCAGUAAGAGCGCCUGCGAGUUUGAUUACUUGAGGAAGAAGAGCAAAUCCCAGACUUUGAGUCCGGUCACCAGCAGCUCAGUCGCAUCCCAGAGCUGCUCAAGAAGGAGGAUGCCCUGGUACCUCUCAGUCAUCCAUGAGAAGGAUCACUGCCUGUCCGAGCUGGAGAUACAGGUUCAGAAGAAAGACGAGGAGAUCCUGCUGCUCCAGGAGGAGAGGGAGGCCCUGAAGAUGCAGCUGAAAUGCCUCCUCAAAGGCAAAGGCCAAGAGGCGUCCAUGUCCCCAGGCAGGAGGGAGCGGCUCUCAGAUGCUUCGCUGAAGCUGGGCAGGCUGAGCCUCCUGAAGGCCUUCUCCAGAGAUGAGGAGCUGCAGCACUGGCAGCAGGCGGAUGCUCCCCCGCUCCCUGGAUCCUGCAGCAGCCUGGAAGGAGGUGUCCUCCCCGGUGCCCCCGCCGUGAGCAUUAGAGUUCCCCACCCUGGGGGUGCCCCGCAGCCCUGCCCAGCCCCUGCCCUACCCAUCUCGCAGAUGCAGGAGGAGUCUGCAGCACCGGAGAGGGGCAAGGAGCUGGACCUGGGAGGUGGCGAGGAGGACGAGGGCCUGGAAGGGGAGCCCAAGGGGGUGGAGGACACAGGUGCCAGGGGAGGUGUGAGCCAGAUGGGGGCUGUACAUGAGGAGGGACGCAAGGAGGAGGAAGAGGAGGAAGAGGACAGGGAUGAGGACUCCGAGGAAAGGGAGCUGCCAGAGGAAGAGGAGAUCCCCAGGAGAAGUGCUUCCUCCCUGGCCGAGUCGUUUGAGGAGGAGCUGCUGGCCCAGCUGGAGGAGUACGAGCAGGUCAUCCUGGACUUCCAGUUCAACCUGGAGGCCACCAGGACCAGAUACUCCCUUGCAACAGGAGUGAUUGCGUCUUUACAACAACAACUGGAUUUCCAAGAAUCCCAACUGCGGAAGAUCAAUAGGGAAAAUGAGACGCUGCAGAAGGAGCUUCGAGAGCGGAAGCAGCAGCUACAAGCCAUGACCGACAAGUUCUCCAACCUCCGAGAAGAUAAGAAACACCAAGAGAUGAUGGGGCUUAUUGAGAAGGACAACCAGCUCCUCCGACAGCAAGUGUCGAAACUGGAGAGAAAGCUCACCAAGCGGGACCGCGUCAUCUCAGAGUUGGACACCAAGGUCAGCCAGCUGCAGGAGCAGGUGGAACUGGACCAGAACCACUUGCAGAGGUGGAAGCAGCUGCAGGAGGAUUUGCAGAGCAAGAAGGAGAUGAUUCAGGAGUCGGAGCAGCAGGUCCGCGUGGCCCUGGAAAGUUCCCAGUCCAGGCUCGAGAGGCUAAGGAAUAAGAUCAUCCAGGCCACCUUUAGCAUCACCGGGACCAAGUCCUUGGUCAACGAGAUAUCUGACAAUGACAUCCUGGAAGCCCUGCAGAGAAUUAUCUCAGAGAGAAGCGACUACUACAAUCAGCUGAAGCAGAAAGGCGUCAAAGUGCCCCCCCUUCAACAGUCAGAGACCUUCCUGCCCAGCAAAACCAAGAAGGGGACCUCCAAGUAGGCCCAGCCAGGCGCCCAAAUACGGUCAGCCCAGCAGAGGCCAGGGCCCAGCUCCAGAACCACCCGCCCCCACCACGAGUCCUGUUCUCAGACUUAGAAUUAAACUCCGGCGUUGGCACUGUC